GAAGAUUUACCCAUGUCCGGUUUUGAACGUACUGGCGCAAGUAAUCAAGCAUCUUCGCCCCAACUGCGUGGUUUAUUUAAUACACGUCUCGUGAGCAUACGAACGAUAUGGAUGUCGGUGAGCUGUUGAAUUAUCAGCCAGACCGGGGUGCCAAACGGCCAAGGGAGGAUGACGGAGAAAACUUGCGGACAAAAAUAAAAUCCAACCGUGAUGUGAGAAUUCAGCAGAUCGUACCUGACCCUGAAACUGAUGAUCUGGACACUGAUAGGGACAUGGUUCUUGAGAAAUUAUUGGACCGUGAGGAGGACACAGAGGUUGAACCAGUGGACGAGAGUUCUGUGAAGAAAAUGAUUCUGACUUUCGAGAAGAGAUCGUACAAAAACCAGGAGCUAAGAAUCAAGUUCCCAGAUAACCCUGAAAAGUUCAUGGAGACUGAACUGGAUUUGAAUGAUAUUCUUCAGGAAAUGCAUGUCAUUGCUACCAUGCCUGAUCUUUAUCACCUUCUUGUGGAGCUUAAUGCUAUUCAUUCCUUACUGGGCCUCCUCAGUCAUGAGAACACAGAUAUUUCAAUUGCGGUUGUGGAUCUACUGCAAGAACUAACAGACAUUGACACACUUCAGGAAGGUGAAGAAGGAGCUGAAAUCCUUAUUGAUGCUUUGCUUGAGGGCCAGGUUGUGGCUUUGCUUGUGCAGAAUAUGGAACGCCUCAAUGAGCAAGUAAAGGAGGAGGCAGAUGGUGUUUACAACACAUUAGCUAUUAUUGAGAACAUGGCAGAAUUCAGACCUGGUCUCUGCACAGAAGCAGCACAGCAGGGUCUGAUGCAGUGGCUUCUGAAGAGGAUCAAGGUUAAGAUGCCAUUUGAUGCAAACAAGCUUUACUGCAGUGAAAUAUUGGCGAUUCUACUGCAAAACAAUGAUGGCACAAGAGGACUGUUAGGAGAGUUGGAUGGGAUUGAUGUACUCCUUCAGCAGCUCUCUGUUUUUAAACGACACAACCCAUCUACACCUGAGGAGCAGGAAAUGAUGGAGAACCUUUUUGAUGCACUCUGUUCCUGUCUUAUGUUGGGAGCAAAUCGGGACCGUUUCUUGAAGGGUGAAGGGCUUCAGCUGAUGAAUCUCAUGCUCAGGGAAAAGAAAAUGUCUCGGGCUGGUGCAUUGAAGGUUUUGGAUCAUAGCAUGAUAGGCCCUGAAGGACAUGACAACUGCCAUAAGUUUGUUGAUAUCCUGGGUUUGCGAACCAUCUUUCCCCUUUUCAUGAAAACUCCAAAAAAGAUGAAGAAAGCUGGGAUAUCAGAAAAGGAACAUGAAGAACAUGCGUGUUCCAUCAUUGCCUCCAUGCUAAGGAAUUUGAAAGCCCAGCAGAGAGCAAGGCUCCUUAGCAAAUUCACUGAGAAUGACUGUGAAAAAGUUGACAGAUUAAUGGAGAUGCACUUUAAAUAUAUGGAAUCUGUGCAGCUAGCAGACAAGAGGAUUGAAGGCGAGAAACAUGACAUUGUGCGUCGAGGAGAAAUACUGGAUGAUGGGAUGGAAGAGGAAUUCUACCUACGGCGUCUUGAUGCAGGCCUUUUUGUGCUCCAACUCAUUUGUUACAUCAUGAUGGAGAUCUGCAACGCGGGGAUCCCACAGGUACACCUUACCAAAACACUGAAAACGGUCCACCAGAGAGUCCAUCAGAUCUUGAAUUUGAGAGGAGGUUCCACCAAAGUUGUCCGUCAUAUCAUGCGGGAAUAUGUGGAAAACAUUGGAAAUGGGAAGAAUGAGGAGUUCAGAGAAAAUGAACAUAGAAGAAUUAUGGAACUUGUUGAAAACUUCUGACAUGCUUAAGAUAAAGUGGUUUUCUUUUUUUACUUUAUUAAUGAGAAAAAAAUAUUUGCUGUAGGAAAUGCCAUUGAUUCUGAACAGACACUCGUACCAUGAGUUAGUCAUGGACUUAAUACAGGAGAAUAGAAGUAACCAGAUCUGUACAAGCACUGUAAUUACUUGUAUGAAUAAAACAAGUUUUGUAUUUGCCACAAAA